AUCCCACUUCAAUGCCUCGUCUUCGAAAGAAUCAACUCCAACCAGCCUUGCAGGCUAUUGCAACCGAGAAUUAUGUCUUCCAGAAUUGGGCAAAGACAUUUUCGUGUCAAUGUGAAUUAUUAUUCACUCCGUCCACCGAAGAGGAGAUUAUCGAGAUUGUGCGACUUGCUGGGGAACAUAAAAAGUCCAUCAAAGUAUUUGGCAGUGGACAUUCACCGUCAGAUCUUGCCAUGACCCAUGACUUCCUUGUCAACAUUGACACCAUGAAUAAAAUGCUCAAAGUGGAUACCGAGAAACUCACCAUGACGGUCCAGGGUGGCAUGUCAUUGCAUACAUUUCACAAAGUACUCAAAGAUCACGGCAUGGCUUUAUCCAAUCUCGGUUCGAUUUCUGAUCAGUCCGUGGCUGGCGUCACCGCCACCGCAUCGCACGGUACAGGUGCCCAUUUUGGCAGCCUGUCUUCCAUGAUUCUGGACUUGACCCUUAUUACUGCGAAUGGCGACACACUCUAUUGCUCUCCGGAAAGUCAUCCCGAUGUGUUUGCAGCGGCCAAAUGUAGUCUAGGAGCUCUGGGUAUUAUCACUCGCAUAACAUUCCAAGCGGAGCCCAUGUUCCGUUUGGAAGCGACUCAGCUGCCCUACAAAUUCCCAGAAGUUCUGGAAAAAUGGGAUGAAGUAAUCCAUUCCGCUGAACAUGUACGUGUGUGGUGGUUUCCUCAUACCGACGAUUGCGUGGUUUGGCGGGCCAAUCGUACCGAGAAGCCGGUCACUGUUGCCAAUCCCGGAUGGUUCCUUGAACGCGGUCUAGGUUUUCACGCUUACCAGGCCAUGCUCAAUACCGCCCGUUAUUUCCCGUCGAUUAUUCCAAAGAUCACGCAAUUCAUGUACAAGACGAUCCACUCACGUGAGCAACAUAUAAUCGACGAUUCCCAUAAAGUCUUCAACUUUGACUGUCUGUUCCCUCAAUAUGUCAACGAAUGGGCUAUUCCUUGGGAGGAUGCCCCGGCGGCCCUCCGCCAACUGGAUGAAUUCAUCAACAAAAAUGAUCUCAAGGUUCAUUUUCCCGUGGAAAUUCGAUUUGUGGAUGAGGACGAUAUUUGGUUGAGUCCGGCUUACGGCCGUAAAACAUGUUAUAUUGGUGUUAUUAUGUAUCGGUCAGUAUUCUGUGCGCAGGACAUGUGAGUCACUGCAAAGAAGAUCUAACAGACAUUUAACACAGACCCUAUGGUAAGCCGGUGCCC